AUGGAUCCGCACAUCAUUGCAGCAAAGCAAUUUUCUUUCAGUAUUAUCUCAGAAAAAUCAACUGAGGCUGGAAGAGGAGUGCUCUGUGAGGAGCAGAACAACCAGCUGUGUCAAGGAGCCACAGAACUGCCGGAGUUCUGGACCCUGUGGAGCAUCGUCAGGCAGCACGAGCACAUGGUGCAGCUGGAAGAGCGUGUCCUGCAGAGCAGCUGCCUCUUCCAGCCGCUACGGCAGCACUGGAGCCGCUCUGAGAGCCGCCUGUGGCUCAUGGAGACCUGCCUCAAGACGUGCCGCUGCACGGACCCCAAGGUUGCCUGUUUCCUCUGGUUUGUCAUGGAGUUCUGCCAUGGCAACAACAUGAACGAGUACCUGCUGGUGCACGACCCUGAUGCCCACCUCAACAACAUAUUCAUGUGGUAGCUGAGCAGCGCCGUGGCCUUCCUGCAUCGCAACCAUGUCCUGCGCAGUGACCUGAAGGUGGACAACAUCCUGAUCUCGCACAGCUGUGGGAAGGUAGCAGAUUUUGGCCUCAUCAAGUCUCUGUUGCCACUCAAUUGUUUGCUCUCUUCAGCAAAUAUCCUGAAAUUAUAUUUACCCUUGUUCCUGAAGAACAAGAAAGAAUCCUGA